AUGUCUUUAAAAUCCGAGAUAUCUUUAAUAGAAUUGUCCAAACAAAUUCCUUUUAAUAUUGAUGAUGCUUUAAAACAACAGUUAUGUUUUGGCGAAACACUAAUUAUAAGUUGUGGACAUACAGAGGGAAAAUCGUAUGACAUUUUAUCGGAUUCAGAAUGUUCCUCUUCUGGAACAUCGGUCAGUGAAGAAACCGAUAAAGUUCGGUAUAUUAAGCCUUUGGAAGCAAAGGAAGAAGUCGAGGAGAAGGCUUCUAAGCACUCUAGUGACGAAGAUAACGAUUUUCACUUUUACUUUUUCCCCGAUUGUAGUAAACCUGUGCCUUCCAGAGACAGCAAAAGUAGCCUUAUUAUUAAAGAUGGUAUGCCACAGAUAAAUCGAAGAAACGUCCAUCAAGAUAAUUGCACCUGUGAGGUUGAUCAAAAAGGUCGAUGUAAAUGUAUGGUUGAAAUACCCUGUCUCUGCGGCACCGAAGAGAAACCGGAAUGUGUGUGUGCUGCAUUGGAAAAUAUUUGUGUUUGCAAUGAAACAAAACCAGACAUCAAAUGUUCUUGCAAAAAUACUGAAAUAUGCACGUGUAUGGAGGACAAAUGUCGUUUAAUUUGCACUUGCGAUAAAAUUGAUAAACCAUGCAUUUGUCACAGAGAUAAGUUUCCACGACCCAUUUGUAUUUGUAAACAUAAACCCGUGACGUCCGAUUAUUCAGUUCCUUCGGACGUACCAGGCGAAAGCGUAAUUGAGGAAUCAACUACUAAAACAACUAAAUCUUCCUGUGAUUGUCAAAAAUCAAAGCCAUCUGAACCAGGGGUACAAGAAGAAAUUUCAUGUGUGUGUGAUCGAAAACCACAGGGAAAACGCAGUUUAAGUUGUUCCUCAACUUGUCAAAACCCUCAAGAGUGUUCUUGUAAUCGUAACAUAGACGAUACUUGUCCAUGUUUUCCCGAUACUAAAAAUUGUACAUGCGGAAAUCCAGAGAAUUGUAAAUGUUUUCAUAUUUGUGAAUGUACUGCGCCUUGUAUAUGUGACAUUGAAAGUAAAAGACAAGUUGAAUGUACUUGUAUAAAAUCUGGUGGCGGUGUCGAUCAAGGCGAAGUCAAAAAACUAAAGAAAGUAAGGGCAGGAAAGCAUGGAUACCGCUGGUGCCAUGACGUUGAUCCCCGACACACAUAUUUCGAUUACGGUUACGGAAGACACGAUAAAAUUAUGCAUAAAGAGGUGGAAGAGAAGAAAGUUGUAAUCACCGACAUGAAAGGACAAAAAGAAGCCGAGAGUGAUGAAAGUGAAAAACCAAAUAUACCAAGUUAUAGGAGAAAGACAAAAAAAUUGUCUCUGGACUGCUGUAGCGCUGUUGGAGGUAUAACUAUAAAUGUUGAGACGCUCGGAGAGGACAAAGGUAAAUUCCUGGUCCAGGUAGUAUCACAUUCAUCUAAAGAAGCUGCGAAGACAGGGUCUAAAAUUGUCAGCAUCGUUGAUUGUAAGCUGCAUACAUUGGAAGAAAACAGGACUGAGUACAUACAGAAUAGAGAUAAAUUUAAAGAGAAGCGAAAUUAUAUGGCAAUUUGCGAGAGCGGUUACUACAAUAAAGUCACUCGUAUAUGUGGCGACCGUCAUUUAAUAAAGCGGUUUUAUCAUACCUUUGAAGAAGCCCAUAACUUUUUGUUGGAAGGCGCUAAUAUCGUGCUUAUGCGUUAUGUGGGUCUGACUCGUUACAAAGGAUGUAUUAAAACGGAUACUGUUCUUAUUAACGGCGUUGUGUGCGAAAGUAUUUAUGUUUGCCUUGGAGUGAGUAACGCAAUUGUUAACGGUAAACCAUUCUUUGUGGUGAAAGUGGAACGGCAUAUAAUAGAACCCUCCGGCUACGUUCACCAAACCCUUUUGGUUUUGUCACUAAGGGGUUACAUCGUAAGCCAGGAGUGGGCGAAUAACAGCUACAUUCUACAUUUAAAUCCGUUGUUACGGAUCGUUCCUGAGAAAGACGAAAUAGAACGCCACGAGCCUCUGCGUGAGACAUGGCGAACCGACUUGCAAUUGUUAUCGGAUUACCUUGACUUUAAGUCUACGAGAACUUCUGAAGGCGGACGGUACGUAUCUGAGAACGGCGAGCUGACUGGUACAAUCCGCGACUACUUACAAGCCGUUCUCUUGCUACGUCCCAGCGACGCUCUGCACUUCACCCGGCAUUACUUUGGAGCUGCACUUUCUGCUCUAGACUUACCCCACAACGAAUUCUUUGACUCCUCAAAUAAACACGUACGUUAUUUCUUCUUCGAAGAUUAA